CGACAUCCACAUUUGUACUGAGUUAUUGCCUGAACAACAGUAUUUUAUAACGCAGUGUUGUAAAGGAUAAGCCAGCUCAUCCUCAGCAGUUCAUUCAUAGCAUGUCGCUAUAGGAGGUGGUCUUUGGCAAUGGGUUCCUUUAAUGUGUUAAAUAACGGAUCGGUUUCGACGGAUAUCGGGGUUCUUUGACAUAUGACUGCCACCAGUAAACACAAAGGCAGAAGUCAACAUGGGAGAACAGCUGAGCCCAGAUGAGAAGUUUCAGCUCAUCACAAGAAACCUUCAGGAGGUUCUUGGUGAGGAGAAGCUGAAGGAGAUCUUGAAGGAGAGGGAACUGAAGGUUUACUGGGGUACAGCAACAACAGGCAAGCCUCAUGUGGCUUACUUUGUCCCCAUGUCAAAGAUCGCUGACUUCCUGAAGGCAGGCUGUGAGGUUACCAUUCUUUUUGCCGAUCUUCAUGCCUUCCUGGACAACAUGAAGGCUCCCUGGGAGCUGCUGGAGCUCAGAGUGAAAUAUUAUGAACAGAUCAUUAAGGCCAUGUUAGAGAGCAUUGGAGUUCCCCUUAAUAAGCUCAAAUUUGUCAAAGGCACCGACUUUCAGCUCAGCAGAGAGUACACUCUGGAUGUGUACCGGCUGUCAUCCAUGGUGACUGAACAUGAUGCAAAGAAAGCAGGAGCUGAGGUGGUCAAACAGGUUGAGCAUCCUCUUCUCAGUGGUCUGCUGUAUCCUGGACUACAGGCACUGGAUGAGGAGUACUUGAAAGUUGAUGCUCAAUUUGGAGGUGUGGACCAGAGGAAGAUCUUUACAUUAGCAGAAAAGUACCUGCCCUCUCUCGGUUACUUAAAACGCAUCCAUAUGAUGAACCCAAUGGUGCCUGGACUGACUGGGGGCAAGAUGAGCUCCUCUGAAGAGGAAUCUAAGAUUGACCUGCUGGAUAAGAAGGACGAGGUGAAGAAGAAGCUGAAGAAGGCAUUCUGUGAGCCUGGAAAUAUUCAGAACAAUGGAGUACUGUCCUUCGUUAAGCAUGUGCUUUUCCCUCUGCACUCUGAAUUUGUCAUUAAAAGAGAUUCGAAGUGGGGAGGAGAUAAAGUCUACACAGACUAUGAAGAAGUGGAGAAACACUUUGCUGCAGAGCAAAUCCAUCCUGGUGACCUGAAGGCCUCAGUAGAGUUUGCCCUUAACAGGCUGCUGGAUCCUAUCAGGAAAAAGUUUGAGUCACCAGAGUUGAGGAAACUGACCAAUUCAGCCUACCCAGAGCCUUCCAAAAACAAAGGAGCGAAGGGGAACCCUAAACAGACAGCAGAGGAGGAGGAAGUCAUCCCGUCCAGACUGGACAUCAGAGUGGGCAAGAUCAUCAGUGUCGAAAAGCAUCCAGAUGCUGACUCCCUGUAUUUAGAGAAGAUUGAUGUGGGGGAGGAGCAGCCACGGACUGUAGUGAGUGGACUGGUGGCCUACAUCUCCCAGGAGCAGCUUCAGGACCGGUUUGUUGUGUUGCUAUGCAACCUAAAGCCCCAGAAGAUGAGGGGGAUCGAAUCUCAAGCCAUGCUGCUGUGUGCUUCAAUUGAGGGAAAGCCCAGAAAAGUGGAACCUUUGGAUCCACCGGAAGGUUCUUCACCAGGAGAUCGUGUUUAUGUUGAAGGGUAUGAAUCGGGUAAACCAGAUGAUGAACUGAAACCAAAGAAAAAGGUGUUUGAGAAGUUGCAGGUGGAUCUGAACAUUUCAGACGAGUGCAUUGCACAGUGGAAAGAGAAAACUCUGAUGACCAAACUAGGACAGAUCACCUGUAAAACACUGAAGGGUGGAAAUAUUAGCUAGACUGUCUUCAUCCAUUUCUUCAAUCUUCAAAUGUAGAUUUCCAUAACAACCUAAUAUCCCCAUACAACUACGCAGUGUCAGGUAUUAUUCACUCAUCAUAGCCAUCAAAAACUACAAACUGGCUCUGAUGGAAAAGCAAAUGGCUUUUACUGCUUUGUUUUAAUUGCUGAUGUACCAUUUGUCCAUCUCAUCCUGUGAAUGAUCUAAUAGCACAUGAUUACUGCAACACAACGCAUGUAGGUAUCGUACGCGCUUUACAUUGCAUGUAUUGCCGUCCAAGAUGUCUUAAGUAUAAAGUGCUGCAGUAAAAAAAAUCUGGUGCUUUGCUCAUUUGUUUGUAUGUCCUCAAACUCAGGUUUUUCUGUGGUGCCAUCUUCUCAGCUGGAAACUGAGCAUUGCUUACCAUGAUCAGUCUCCAGCUAUUGAGACUAUCACCCAUCAGUGGAAACGGUUUGGGCAGGAAAAAUGUACAUACAGAAUAAACUUUUAUGGGUAAAUAUUUUAGGAUUACUUUGGCUUAGUAUGAAAACAACCAAGGAUUUCAUGUAAUGGUACAUUAAGAACUCAUCUGAAGUGUGGACAUCUGAUGUUAACCAACCUCACCUCAAUAAAUAAGGAUGAUUCAAAACCC